UAAACAUUAUUCUGAUUGGGCUACUUGGCGACAGGCUCAGUCUGCCUGUCGAGAGAAACACAGCGACCUGACCACCAUCAGAACUAAAACAGAAAUGCAAGCUUAUUCCGGCGGCUUUGGCUGGAUCGGAUUGUACCGUGAUAACGAUACCGGUCCGUGGAAAUGGUCCAGUGGAGAGGAGAUCGCAACCUUCUUCAACUGGGAACGUAAUGAACCAAAAAGCGGCAAGCUCUGUGUCUUUCAGUACCUAACCAAAUGGAUGAGUGAAAGUUGUGACUUUCCACAUACUUACUUGUGUUAUGACGAGGACCUGGUUCUGGUGAAGGAGAAUAAGACGUGGGAGGAGGCGUUGGAGCACUGCAGGACUCUGAAAGAAGGAAACAGAUAUGACCUGGCAACCCUGAUCACCCCCGACGACCACAACUACGCACGAGAGAGAGCCCAAUACGCUACCACUGAGGAGGUGUGGACGGGUCUGCGUUACCUGGGCGAUGAGUGGGUCUGGAGUGCUGGAGAACCGGUGCAGUACCCGGACACACCAGGCUGCCCAGUUAGCAGGUGUGGCGUCCUGGAGAAGAACAGCGACUCCCUGUUUGGGAUCAGAGACUGCGGCCAGAGGAAGAACUUCUUCUGCUAUAAGGAACCUGUUGGCAGCUGAAAGCCUCCAAGGUUCUUCACACAGAACUUCCUGCUAUCUGUAACAACACAGAACAUUUAGAAACGUUUAAUACGCACACUGACAUUAUACACAGGUUAAGUAAAAGAUGUAUAUACAAUAAAGUAGAGCUACCACUAAUUAUUAUUGUCCUAUCAAUUACUGA